CAUCCCAUAGAACGGCUUAUGGAGGAUGCGGAGGAGGCUUAUAGGGCCAAGUUAUCGGGGCAGAGCAAGACGCUGGAAGCGGCUGUUCAGCAGUACAAGAAACGGUAUCAGCAGGACCCGCCGCAUGGCUUCGACGAAUGGUGGGCGUUUGCGAAGAAGAACAAUGUGAAGAUGGUGGAUGAGUAUGAUGGGCUUAUGGACGAUCUAAGGCCGUUUUGGGAGAUUUCGGGGGAAGAGUUGAGGAGGAGGGCGGGCCAGGCGGCGUUGUUGCCUGAUAUUGACCUUGUGAGGAUACAAGGUGGUUCAGCGAUAAGUCUCAACUUACACGCUGGGAAAUCGAUUUCGGACGUUGGUGGGAGAGCUGAGGGGUUUCGGUCAAUGAUGGAAUUGUUCGUGGACAAGCUCCCAGACAUGGAAUUCCCGAUCAACGCAAAGGCAGAAGGCCGGGUGCUCGUACCCUGGGAACACCGGGUCUACCCAAACCUCACGGUCCAAGAUUCAACUCUUGGGGUCCAAGCCAUGCUAGGAGGACCAUUCAAGCCCGACUGGGGCACCGACGGUAACGUCUGGGAAGCCUGGCGACGGACCUGUCAACCCGAAAGCAACGCUCGCAGACUCUUCUACUCAAAGACGGACGUGUUCACGGGCAAGCCCUCCAACUACCUCAAACCCCACAGCACCACCACACCAGGCGACGACUUUACAUUUGCCUCUAAACCAGUCGCUGCCGAUAUCGACUUUUGCAAUACGCCGUACGCGCAUUACUCGCAGGGACAUUUUUUCUCUGAUUGGCGGAGCAUACCGGCGCUGUACCCUGUGUUUAGUCCUGCGAAAGCCAAGGGGUUUUUGGACGUUCGGAUUCCGAGUCAUUAUUAUUACGGGAAUACGCCGCGGUAUACGUAUGGUUGGGAUUCGGUGAAUUUGGAGAUGAAGAAUGUGGAUUCGAUGGAGGUGCCUUGGGAGAAGAAGGUUGAUAAGGUGUUUUGGAGGGGAGCUACGAUUGGAGGGGGGAAUCACCCGCCUGGGUUCGCUCCUCAGUAUCAUCGGCAUAGGUUCUUGAGGAUGACUUCGGAUGAGUCUAAUGUAACACGGAGAGUCAUCUUUGCGGAUCCUUCGAGCCCAUCGACCUACGUUGCAGCAGAGGUGCCCAUCACGGAGCUCAAUGACGACAUCGUGGACGCCGCAUUCGUCAAAGCCAUCUCUCAGGAGAGCUUCCCAGGCGGUCUAAAGGGGUUAACCGACGCGCAUCGAUUCAGUGACUCCGUGCCUCUGGGCAAACACUGGUCAUACAAAUACCUUAUCGAUCUAGACGGAGUGGGCUACAGUGGGAGAUUCAUGUCGUUCCUCGCAAGCGAUAGCGUACCACUCAAAGCUACUGUGUAUGAGGAGUUUUAUUCCGAUUGGAUACAACCUUGGGUCCACUAUAUACCCUUAACAGCGACCUACAAGGAGAUAUACAACAUCCAUGCGUACUUCUCCGGACCUACGGAAUCAGCGGUGAAGUUAGCUGGGUUGACGAUUCCGGAGGUUGGCUCUGAGGCGAGGGAAGGAGAUAAACGACUUCGGAGGAUCGCUAGAGCCGGAAAACAGUGGAAGAAAACUAUAGGACGGACGGCGGACAUGGAAGCUUAUGUAUACAGACUAUGCCUGGAGUGGGCUCGACUAUGGGCGGACGACCGGGACUCGAUGAACUUUUACCUCUAGACGACGCAUUUGGAUGGUUACUAGGACUUUCUCUGAACACAGGACUCAUGGACUUUUUGCUACAAGCUACAAUUCUAGACCCCACUUUGCUUUGGUUCGGGGAUACGGCGUUCGUCUUUGCGAUGAUGCUGUUCUCUUUGCCUAUCACGUUCGUUUUCGUCCAUGCAUACAACAAUGGUAUCGUAGCUUACUUUACUGCGUAAUAUGUAAUUCCUGCUCUCAUUGUUGACGCGAUGAGGGAAAGCCUCACGGCUUUCGCCCAUUGUUGCUUGCGCAACCUGGCAGCUUUUUCGAUACCGACAUUAUGGAUUUCGAAUUCGUCGGAUUCUCCU